AUGGACGAAAAUAAAUCGAAUCCACACAGCACCUCAACCAGUCAAACUACUCGAGAAACAGCCGACUGUAUUUUUGAACGUUUACGUUUUCAAAUUACUCGUCUUGGAUCGGCUACACCAUUAACUUCUCAUAUAUUCUUUAUUUUUGGUGCAUCUGGCGAUUUAGCUAAGAAAAAGAUUUAUCCAACACUUUGGUGGCUAUAUCGUGAUGGAUUUUUACCCGAACGUAUACGUUUUAUUGGCUAUGCUCGAAGUCAAAUAACUAUUGCGACAAUUUUUGAACAUGCUGCAAAAUAUAUGAAAGUUGAAAACCAUGAACGCGAAACUUUUCAAAAAUUCGUUGAAUUAAAUUCUUAUUGUGUUGGUCACUAUGAUGUUGAAAAAGAUUUUCAACAUUUAAAUGAUGAAGCCAAUAGAUUGUCAAAACAAGAAAGUGCACAUCGACUUUUUUAUUUAGCAUUACCACCAAAUGUUUAUGAAAGUGUUACAGAGCUGAUCAGUAAACAUUGUCGACCUAAACCACCUGGUUGGAUACGUUUAAUUGUUGAAAAACCAUUUGGUAAAGAUCUUCAAAGUUCAAAUAAAUUAUCUGAACAUUUAAGUAAAUGUUAUGUCGAAGAAGAAAUCUAUCGUAUUGAUCAUUAUUUGGGAAAAGAAAUGGUACAAAAUAUAAUCGUACUUCGAUUUGCCAAUCAUAUUUUAUCAAGAGUUUGGAAUAGAGAUUCGAUUGCGGCAGUUAUUAUCAUAUUUAAAGAAGAUAUAGGAACGCAAGGAAGAGGCGGCUAUUUUGAUCAAUUUGGAAUUAUUCGAGAUGUGAUACAAAACCAUUUAAUGCAAAUAUUAUCCAUUGUUGCAAUGGAAAAACCACGUUCAACUAAAGGUGAAGAUAUUCGCGAUGAAAAAGUCAAAUUAUUACGUUGUAUUUCACCGGUCAAGCCUGAAGAUGUUGUUAUUGGACAAUAUAUUGGUGAUAAAGAUUCGGCAGAUGUUGAACAUCAGCAAGGUUAUUUAGAUGAUAAAACUGUACCCGAUAAUUCUACAACACCCACAUAUGCACAACUGAUUCUCAACAUCAAUAACGAACGUUGGGCUGGUGUACCAUUUAUUCUUCGCGCAGGUAAAGCAUUAAAUGAGAAAAAAGCUGAAAUACGUAUUCAAUUUCGUGAUGCACCCGGUGCCAUGUUUGAUGAAGAUAUUCGUGAAAAUGAUCCCAAUGGUAGAUUAGCUCGUGAUGAACUUGUUAUGCGUGUUCAACCAAAUGAAGCUAUUUAUCUUAAAUUAAAUACAAAACGACCCGGUGAAAUGGGUUUUAUUAUUGAAGAAACUGAAUUAGAUUUAACGUACGGAGAUCGUUAUCAAGGUGUUAAAUUACCUGAUGCCUAUGAACGUUUAAUACUUGAUGUUUUUAUGGGUUCAAAAAUUAAUUUUGUACGUUCCGAUGAGUUACAAGAAGCAUGGAGAAUUGUUGAUCCAAUACUUGAGCUUGUUGAUCAGAAGAAGCUUCCGCUUAUACCGUAUAAAUUUGGUGUCUUUGGAAUUCCUGAAGCAUUCGAGGCUGCAGCUAAACAUGGUUAUAUUUUUCGAGGAACUUAUCUAUGGAAAGAUGAACGAUCUGGAUCAAUAACAAGCAAAGAACAAAAGAAAAAAGAAAAAAACCGAUGA